AAACAGAGUCGGAUUGAGGAAUUUCGAGAUUUUAUACAUAUACAAGCCAAUAAACUGAUAAUUCUUCUAUUUUUUCUAAUAAUACAGUAAAUUUUAUUUAAUUUUUCAGAUAAAGAUUCAAAUAUUUCGAUUCUUUCAGUCUUAUUUACUUAAUGUGUGUUUUGCAGUUUUUACACUACUGAUAGUGCCGCAAACUCGAAUUAGUAGCUCAAUUGAAAAAAGAAUUGUCAUUUUAAAUUUAUUACAUCUCGAAGCGAAAAAAAAAUCAAAUGCUGAAUAAUCAAUGUUAUAGAAACAAAUGAGUCAGUAACUAAAUAAUGGUAGAACAAAAAGGUAGAAUACAUAAAUAGAAUGAGCGAUAUAUUUCUGAAAUCUAAUCUUUAUAAAGUCUAUCUAAUCUUUAUAUUAUAAACAGUGAAAUCAAUAAUAUUUAUGAUAAACAGAUAUAAAAUUUCCACUUAUACGAAUAAGUGUUAGUUAAAUCAGCAAGAACAAACAACAAAUACUGUUACCAAGUUUUACUUUAAACAAAUUUUCAUUGUAAUCUAGUAAAUAGUGUUAUAGGUAUUGUAAAUACUUUAUUUAAUAUGAGCACUGUAACAUCAGUAAUUGGACCAGAACUAUACGAAGUACAAGAAAUAAGAAGGUUGUAUGAUUUAUUUGACUCUUUAUUUCAGGUUCAAAGAGUUGAAAAAAUAAAUAAUCCUUUACUGUACGGUAUGUAUACAUUAAGAAAAAAUGAAAUGGAAUAUAAUAACCCUACAGUUCCUGUUAAUGAAUGGCUUUUAUAUCAUGCCACAGCUAUCACUAAUUUGCAGUCUAUACUGGAGAAUAAUUUAGAUUGGCGGUUAACAUGUAGAAGCAGAUAUGGAAAGGAGCAAAGUGAGGAUUUUAUAUUUGAUGAUUAUUUGAUGAAUUUAUUACUAGAAAUGGGAUUUCCAAGAGAAGCUGUUAAAAAAGCCCUUUUUUAUACACAAAAUUCAAGUUUAGAGUUAGCUACUCAAUGGCUAAUGAACCAUAUAAUUGAAGAUAAUUUUGCUGAACCUUUUUCAUCUAUAAUUAAUGACAUGUCUGUUGAACGUAUAUUUAUUAUAUGCAAUGUUUUAAUACAAAGAAUUAAAGAGGUUAGUGUGAACUACAAUCUUAAAGUACUACCAAAUUUCUUUGAUACAGCUAUAUCUAGAAAUAAAAUGGUCUACGUUAAGUUUAUGGAUUAUGAGUUUUAUCCUCGUUAUAUUGUUUAUUAUAAAAAUCAUAGCUAUAAUAAAAUAAAUUAGUUAUUAUCUCAUUGGAACCAGUCAUUUUUACUAAAAAAAACUUAAAAAAUGUAAGAAGCCACCUAUAAUGUAUGGUUUUUUUGUCUAUAUUUUGUUUAUGUAUUUUUAUUCUUUUUAUAUUCAUGUUUAAGUUUAAGACGAAGUAUUUAACAAAAUAUAUACUUGUACAGGGAUUUAUACUCAAUAUUUGUAUUGUUAUAUAUAGAUAAUGUUAUGAAACUGACAAUAAUAUUAAUAAUACUAACA